AUGGAUUCUGUCAUUAAGGAACUUUGUGAUGACAGGGAGGAAUCUGAAUUCAGUGACAGGUAGUUAAAAAACACUUGCUUGGAUUUUGUAGUUUAUGGUGCUUUGGUGUUACAUAAACAGAAUUUAUACAGACAUUCAUGAGAAGCUUUACAGUUUUUGGUUUGUUGCCUUUUACAUAAAAUGUACUGCCUCGUCAUUUUUCUAAAGCACAUUCAGAAAUAUUUUGUUUAUGUUUCGGAUGUAGCAUCAAAGAGCCACAAAUUGACCUAGGUAUAAUUUUGUCCACAAAACUUUGGCACACUCUAACUUAGCAUACUUUCAUGAUUUCAUUCAAAACCAGAUAGCAUUUUGAACAAUUUUUAUCAUCAAGUGCAUUACAUAAAUUGUUUGUUUUAAUUUUCUGUUCCAGUGAGGGUAACUAUUCUGUAGCUGAGAAUGAGUAUAAUGCUGUUGACAUGGAUAUCAACAUAGCAAAUAAGGAAGCAACCCUGACAAUGGUGGGUGACCCCUUCCUUUCAGUAUGUGAAAUACCUUUGUCAGGACAGUCAUUCCAAUCAGCUCAGCACUCCACACUUGAAGCAUCACAGUGCACUGAAGUAUGCCCAGGAACCCCUGCAGUUUCACAGCUGACCUCAGAGCAAUGUUUGGAACACAUGCCCUGCCCUUCAAUCUCCCAGCAUCCCAAGCAGUUGACUUUAGAUCGGCCUUUGGAACACUCUAGUCAAACCAGUGAAAGGGUUGCAAAUGCUCCAAAACCAUCAGAGAAGGAAAAAGAUGAAACUUUGGCAGAGAAUGCCCCAAAAGUGUUGCAGGACCUGGAAAAUGCAUUCACUGGGUUGAUGUCUUUCAGCAACCUUGUUAACUUGAACUUAAAAGCUAUUCCCGCUAAGCUCACAUGCACUCAGCUUCCCCAGAAGUGGAAUGUACCUUCUGGAAGUUCAAAAACUUUAGAUAAAGCAGUAAAGCUUGAUCAUCUGCUGUUCGAAAAAGCUGAUGUUAACAAGACAAGUAAGAGGUGUUUAGUUAAAGGAAUAAGGGAGGAAUAUUGUGCCACUCCACCAUUUGCCCUGACUGUCACAGAGGAAAAGAUCAAAAGGAUGAGUAAUGCAUUCAGGGAAGUCACCCAGACUUCACUUUUUUGCAAAGCUCUUGAAUCAAACAGUUACAAACCUUACGAAUUAUUUAACACUUCUUGUAGUAGGCAAAAAAGACAAAGACUACUAGAGGAGUGCACUGGCAAUUUGGAACAAACGCCAGAGUACAUAUUGGUUGAAGAAAUUUUUAAAAAUGUACCCAGUGGCUAUUGUCCUCCUGCAGAU